UCUUGAACUUUCUGCGUUAGCAAGGAUUGCGUUCGCCAGUUGAAAGUCAGCCCAAGAGUUCGGGGAUGCUUUUGGCGGUUGUGCUGCCGGCUUUGCUCGGCUCUUUGGCGCAUGUGCAGACGUUGACGCACGGCUGCCAGCUGCCGUCCGAGUGGCGUCCGCAGAGCGAAGGAUGCCGCGCGGAGCUGGCGGAGGUGAUCGUGUACGCCCGGGUGCUGGCCCUCCACCUGGCCGGCCUCAACUCGCUGCCCUCCGGUUCGGCGUACGAGGGCGCGGAGGAAGGUCUGCUGUACUCCGCCGAGGUGGAGCUGCUGUGCGACCAAGCCUGGGGGAGCAUGCUGGAGGUGCCUGCAGGCUCCAGACUCAACGUCAGCGGACUGGGCUACCUGUCCUGUCACUCUCACACUGUGAUGGACGACUAUUCCUACUUCUUCUUCCUCAGAAUGGACGAGAACUACAACAUCCUCCCCCACGGCGUCAACUUCCAGGACGCCAUCUUCCCCGACACGGCCGACAACCGCCGCACUUUCUCCAGCCUCUUCCAGUUCUCCAACUGCACCCAGGGCAGCCAGCCCUUCCACACCUUCAGCCCCGAGUGGGACAAUCUGGAGGACCACAGGCUGCUGUGUUCCUCCGUGCAGGCGGCGCUCUUUGAGGAGGAGGAGCGAGGUCGCAAGGCUCAGGAGCGCCUGGCCGCCGCAGAGAGACGCAACAAGCAGCUGAAGGAGCGUCUUGGCAAGGUGAAACGCUCCCUGAGGAACGCCCGCAAGGCGGCUGGCAGGGCGCAGCAGGAGGUGCAGGAGCUGCUGGUGAGGCUGAAGGCCGCCGAGCGCCGAGCAGGCCAUCAUCUCAACACCAUCACGCAGGAGGAACCAGGACGCUACGCCGUGCGUCACAGCGUGCGACUGUGAUGGAGUGUGGCCGCUAAUCACGCUCCAGGGGCUUCUGCCAAUAAACGCUUUCCAAGCACCAUGGCUGGAACACACCACUGGCUGGAACACACCACUGGUGCAACACACCACUGACUUAAACACACCACUGACUGCAACACACCACUGGCUGGAACACACCACUGGCUGGAACACACCACUGGCUGCAACACACCACUGGCUGGAACACACCACUGGCUGCAACACACCACUGGCUGCAACACACCAC